UUGCAAUCUCCUCCGUCAUAGCUCGUGUGCAGUUUGUCACGUAAUCCAUGCUGCUUUCUUGUGGAUAAGUGACCUGGUUGUGGACUCGUAGUUCAUCCACCUUGCCAGAUCAAAGCACACGAAGACGAUCUUCCACUUCCUGGUUUCAUUCCGUAGUUUAUGGAUUAGUGCUCUUUUUACAUUGUUGUGACGUGAUCUUAUCGAACAGAAGGUUGAAAACGCGAAUGAAAGUGGGAUCAGUACCGCGCGAAGAUUAGGACAAACGGCACAGGUACCAUGGCGGCGGUAGCAGUCGAACAACCUUCCGAUGUUAAAAUCGUCAAGGCAAAACCCGUGCGGAAAGUGUUCAAGGGGGCCACUCGAGUUAUUAACAAAAUCCCUCCGUCGCUGCUCAACGAUCCGGAGCUGAAUGCCGCGAUUAGUGUUCUCCCCGCUAAUUACAACUUUGAGCUACACAAAACGAUUUGGCGAAUUCAGGAGAUGAAGGCCAAACGGGUGGCCUUGCAAUUGCCCGAAGGACUUUUAAUGUUUUCGUUGGUGAUAAGCGACAUCAUCGAGAAAUUCACUGAAGCAGAUACGAUAGUUAUGGGAGAUGUCACAUAUGGCGCGUGUUGUGUGGAUGACUUCACUGCCAAAGCACUCGGAGCAGAUCUGUUAGUUCACUAUGGUCACAGCUGUCUCAUUCCUGUGGAUCAAACUACCGGCAUAAAAGUGCUGUAUGUAUUCGUGGACAUUAAAAUAGAUGCACUGCACUUUAUUGAAAGCGUGAAGCUAAACUUCCCCAAACAUCGCAAACUGGCGAUGGUCAGCACAAUUCAGUUUGUGGCCACUCUCCAUUCAGCAGCUAAAGAGCUGAGAGAAGCAGACUAUGACGUUGUAAUUCCACAAAGCAAGCCGCUAAGCCCUGGCGAGAUUUUGGGUUGUACGGCUCCCAGGAUACCGGACGAAAGGACUCUAAUUUACUUGGGAGAUGGUCGGUUUCAUCUAGAAGCGGCUAUGAUCUCCAAUCCAUCACUGGAAGCUUACAAAUAUGACCCUUACGAGAAGAAGUUCACACGGGAGCACUAUGACCACGCGGAAAUGCGCCGGAAUAGGAAAAGAGCCAUCGACGCCAGCAGGGGAGCGAAGAAGUUUGGACUUAUCUUGGGUACGCUGGGGCGUCAAGGUUCCAACAAGGUGAUGGAACAUUUGCAGAAAAGAUUAAAACAUCACAACCGGAAGACGGUUAUUAUUUUAUUGUCGGAAAUAUUCCCCACGAAACUGGAACUGUUUAAGGAUGUCGAUGCGUUUGUACAGGUGGCAUGUCCACGCCUUUCCAUUGACUGGGGUACGGCAUUCCCGAAGCCACUGCUCACGCCGUACGAGCUCUCCGUAGCGCUGGGUGACGCAGAGUGGCGACUACCCAAUGACAAUAAAAUCUCCACCAACGGACAGCACGUGACGAACGGGGGCUCAUUGGAGCCAUCGGCAAAUGCAGAAGCAACAGUACCGGAGGAGGUCUACCCAAUGGAUUUCUACGCUAACAAGAGUCUCGGUGAAUGGACACCCAAUCACAAGCCGUUGGAUAUUUGCGAAAAUUCUCUAGAUGGUGGUUGCUGUGGUCGGUGUACGGAAGAGAAAAAUAAGGAAAAGAAACUAGGUUUGUAAUUUGGCAUUCUGUGAGCAUCAACGUCGUUGUAUGCACCUACCUAUCUCAUAUUGUGCGGAUAAAAAGAUAAUUGAACACAACAACCAUUUGUUGAAACUUGAA